UUGGCGUCUGAAGAUCCCGCAGAGCACUAGAGCCCGGCAUACGACCAAGUUCACCCUGUACUUGUUGCUCCGUGUUGUGUUAGUGUAUCUAAAUAUCCUCGGCAUAAUUAUUUCCCCCGAAAAAAUAAAUGGAACAACAGUAAAAACCCCUGAAUGAUCGACAAUAGUGGACCUUGACUGAACACGAGAGCCUCUGUGCCCUCCCGAACCGCUAAAAACCCAUCGCCUUGAUUGAAUUGAAUUUUUUUUCACAACAAAUUUUUCAACAAUUUAUCUACAAAAGCCGAGGGACAACUGUUGGCCACAGCACUCUGGAGACUAUUGUUGACACUCAAUCGUCGAUAUUCAGAUAAUUCCGUGAAAAAUGUCUCAACACUUCAUGACAGUCUGCGUUGUCUGCGUGCUAUGUGCAUCCCACAAUCCCUGCUCCGCCCACACAACCAUGUCCCCCAAUCCCCAGAGCUACCAAGACCCAGUGUUAACCCCAAGUCCCAAGUACCUGCGAAUAAAUUCCAACAAUGAUCCUCGAAAUCAUCACGAGAUGAUGACACCACCAGUGGAGGAUCGAGGUGGCUCCCAUGUGCUCUCACCACAUCGUUCCAAGAAGCUCCUCCACUCGGAGAAGAUGAAACUGCGAUUUGAGAAGCAGGAGGUGCCUGUUCCCAGGGAGAUCGAUCAGCUGGAGAGUCGAGAGGUCCUCCAGAGGCUGGGACACAUCCCAGAGGAGAUUCCCUUCAAGAGGGAAAAACACUCCAUGAAUCAGGAGAAGGGGAGCAAGAUCAGGCAGGAGCGACACGUGGAGAUUCAAGACAAUUAUUAUCUCAAGAAGAUCUUUGACACCUUUGGGGAUGGGGAGAGCCUCUCCAUGGAGGGCUUCGAGAACAUGCUGAGGAAGCUAGGCCUCACUGAACUCAUCAGGAGCGUCGAGAGGGACGAGAGUCGAGUUGGAAUCAAUGGUACAUCACGAUCAGAUGAAAAUAGCAGUAAAAAAUCAGGGGAUCCCAACAGUAUAAACGCGAAAGAACAGUGCCUCAGUACUCGCGACUUCCUCACCCACCUCUCGCCACCCCCUCACCCCCCAAACGUCAGCAACCUGACCCAGGACCUCUUCUCCCGAGCCUGUCCCAUUCUCCUGUACCACCUGACGAGUUCCUCCCCCCUGGAGAACUCUGGCUGCAUAAGCAUCCCCACCAUGACCCAAAUCCCCCUGAAUCCCUACCCCGAGGAAUUCGACGACGAGCCAGCACGCAACAUCGUCCAGGUCUGGGUGUAUUCAACAAUCUCCAUAAUAAUCAUAAGUCUGUGUGGCCUCCUGGGGGUGGCAGUGAUCCCAGUAAUGGGAAAGUCCUACUACAACCAAUUGCUCCAGUUCCUGGUGGCCCUGGCAAUAGGAACACUCUGUGGAGACGCUCUGAUCCACUUGUUGCCCCACGCCAUGAUGUCCUCGCACUCUCACGAGCUUGGAGCCAUUCCCCAGGAGAUUGACCACGAGACCCUCCACAACUCGAAUAUGUGGAAGGGCCUGACUGCUAUGAUGGGCCUGAUACUCUUCUUCUUCACGGAGAAGGCCCUGUCGAUAGUGGCGGAAUGGCGAAAGUACAGGCAGAGAAGGAACAAACCGCCCUCGAGGGUCAGAGUGAUGAGGGAGAGCGAGGGGCCCAGCACUGUUGGUGAGAAAUUGUGCAAGCACAAAUACUCCUCUUAUCCGUACUGCUAUGGAGAGAUCACGACUAAGGACAAUCAUCAUGAGCACGAGCACAACGAUAAGGAGAGAAGUGGAGGGGAGGAGGUCAAGCCGCUGAAUGAGGUAUCGUCGAACUCGGUGGGAAAGGACGAGGCGGGGAAGAAGGAGGAGUGGAAGGUCGAGGAGGCUGGGAGGAAGGGCGAGGAGGAGGGGGCUGAGGGGGAUGGGUACACGGUUAUUAUUCGGGAGCAUGAGAACAAGCAUCAUGGCCAUACACAUUCACAUGGACAUGUCCAUGCAGCACCCGAAUCCAUGUCCAGUGUAGCCUGGAUGGUAAUAAUGGGUGAUGGCCUUCACAACUUCACAGAUGGCAUGGCCAUUGGUGCAGCAUUUGCUGCUAAUAUAGCUGGUGGUUUUUCAACAGCAAUAGCAGUAUUCUGUCACGAAUUACCACACGAACUCGGUGAUUUUGCUGUCCUACUUAAGGCUGGAAUGUCCGCGAAACAGGCGGUUUUUUAUAACUUACUAUCAUCGGUACUUUGUUUGUUUGGAAUGAUAUUUGGGGUCCUUCUUGGGGCUCAACCAGCCACCACUAGCUGGGUCUUUGCAGCUGCUGCUGGAAUGUUUAUUUACAUUGCACUUGUGGAUAUGAUCCCAGAAUUGUCCUCUGGACACACAGCAGAGGGUGGAUCAAACUGGCAAUGUAUCCUCCAAGGCCUAGGGCUUCUGACAGGCUUGGGAAUAAUGCUAGUAAUAGCUCUGUACGAGCACGACCUCCAACACAUAUUUAGUGAUUAAGUUCACAAUCGGAGAGGACUUUUUCUCUUCGUCAAUUCAUCGAGGAAUUUUUUUUUAUCGUGGGAGGUGUAAAAAAACCCUCGAAUAUUAAGUAGGAAUUGUAGUUACUCUGAGAUUCCAACGAAAGAACAGGUGGUUCAGGAUUUUUGCCUGAUGAAAGUUCAGAUCAAGACUUUUUGAGGUUUUUCAAGUUCAAUUAUGCGAUUUUGAACAAAACUGAACAAUUUUACAAAUCACUUUUUUAUUUCUCUCUCUGUGCAGAGGUUUUCACAGUUGUGAAAAAUGAGGGAAGGUCAAUUCAUUGAAAAUGUUUUGCUUAUGUCAGUCAUGAAUGGAAAUUCUCAUAUUGUUUAUUGCAUUCCAAUUUACGAAUGUUCAUUUCGAACAAUUUUUCAUACUGAAUUGAAGGAAUUCGUCUCUCGCUUCAUCGAUAUUUUUGGUGCAGAAAUAAGGUGCUUAGACGUAUUACUGUAAUGCCUAGAAACAUUGUAAAAGUGUUGUGAUUAUUUUUCAAUGAUAUUUGAUUCGAUGAUUGAGUGAAACUGGGAGAAUCUCAUUUCUCCGAUGGGAAUUUUAACACUAGUGUUCGUUUAAUUUGUCAGUGCUACUUAAUGAUGUCAGGAGGGGAGUGACAAGACAAGUGUCAAUUUUUUGCAUUCAUUAUUUUGCUAUUAUCUCGAGAACGAGUGGUUUUAGGAGAAAAACAGGAGCGAAAUGGUG